GCUAUUAAUAAAUAUUUGUUAAACUGCCAUAAUUUGAGAGAAGAAUCAACCUGAAGUUCUCACUUCAUAAUCAUAUUAUUCAACAUGAAAUAAUCAAUAUCAGACCCGAGGAGAAUUAUUGAUUUUUACACGAACAAGUGGAUAACUUAACCUAACGACACAGUCGAAAGAACAUAGUUAUUCUACAUGGAUACUCCGAAGAAUGUGGGAAUAUUCAUCAGUUUUUUUUGUUUAGACCCAAUCACGCGAUAUUUUCGGUUUUUGUGUGUGGAGGUUAACGUGAAAUGCAAUUUCAUUUGUGUGUGAAACUCUAGAGGAGGUUGUUACUUUGCACUGCGGGGGUAUUCAAGAUAAAAUGGAACUCUCAAGGACGAUAGAAACGGAAACUGGGGAGAUGAUUGUUAAGCGUGUCAGUGUUCCUCUAGGCUUAGAGGAACUCAUGGAAGGCUUGGCUAAAGAGGUUAUCCUCAAGAAACCCAAAGACAUCUACAUUUUUGCAGCAGACUAUUUUAGUCGAUUGCUUCGAUUGCGUGAUUCUGGAUUAUACAGAGGAAAUGUUCGAUCAGCGAAACUUGCUGUAAGAAGACCAUUCAGAGCUACAGUCAUAGGACAUAACGUGUUAUCGAGCUCAGAAUCCAAAGAUAACCCAAAAACCAGGCAAAGGAAAACACCCCCUCAAAAAAUUGAAAAACAUACCAAUAACACGAACGAAAAUAGAAGAGCUAUAAUACAGAACCAUUUACGUAAGAAACAAGAUGCAGAAACGAAACAGAAGCAAACGCAAAUGCAAGACACAAAACCGGUCACAGUAAGAAGCAAAUUACCUACAAGGUCCAGAUCACUAUCAAAAAGCAGCUCGGAUAAAAGUGGUGAAAAUUCUGAGAAAGGGGAAUCAGAUAGAAGUAGUAGUAGAAAAAAUAGUUCAGGAAAAGGAGAUAUAAUAAAACAAACCAAAAUAUCUCCAAGAAGCCGAUCUACUUCUGUAUCAUCAGGUACAAGAGAACUCAAAGAGAAGAAGCGGAUGGAGGCUAUCAAAGAGAAAAAUUCCAAUAUUUGCGGUACAGACAAGCUCAACAAGAAGAAUAUUACAAAAAGUUCUUCAGCAGAUGUUGAAGUUAUCGGUGAGUCAGAGAGCAGAAACAUCCGACGGAGUCUAUCUGUUACUCAAGAUAAGAAUGGACACUACGAAGUUCUUUAUCGCCCUACACCUCUUCCUACAGGUCAAAGAGAAAGCACAGAUGUUGUCUCAGAAGAAUCUAAUAACUCGAUUAACACCAAUCGAACUCCGGUUGACGAAUCAGUAAUAUCAGACCAAAAUAAGGGUACAGAUCAGCAAUCAGAAACCACUCCUGUAAACGAUGAAGUUAAGUCAGCUAUUGCAAUCCAGGCUAUGUGGAGGGGACGACAAGACAGAAAAAAAAUCAAAAGGCAGAUGACUGGAGAUAUUGAAAAUAGCACUAUUCUAUUAGACAAAAACCCAAGUCAACAAGAACAAUUCGACGAAUCUCACCCUUCCGAAAAUAAUCCUCAAGAUAGACCAGCAUCAGUGCACAAAAAUGAACACGAAAACAAUGAAUCUGAAAUUGGAAAUCUCAUUGCCUCAAGUGAAAUCACAGAGGAAAGCAAGGAAGCAUCUAAGGAUCUCGAAAAUAAGUUAUCUGUUAGUGAUGACGAAAAAAGUAUACAAAGGUUACAUAUUGAAACUGAAGAAAAAUCAAAUGAAGAAUCAGAUAUAAUGGAGGGAGAAGAAGGUGAAAAAAUAUCAGAUCAGCAUACAGGGGAUGACGAAAAAGACACUCAUUCACAAGUAGUUGAAGAUCACCAAGAAAAAGAAAAAAUGAAACUCAAGGAGGGUCAAGAUAUCGAUAAAAAUGAUGGAAAGUCAAAGACAAAAGAACAAGAAGAUGAAGGUAAUGAAGAAGACAAAAUAGAAAAGAGUUAUCAUCGUUCGGACACAAUAGAGGUUUCCAGUGGAGUGACCCCAAAGAAAAUUGAUGUAUCUGAUAGGGACACAUUACUUGACAUAAAUUCCUCAGCCUUCAAUGAAGAAGAUAGCAGUAAUUUGAGCGGAAGUGUUAGUCUUCAGUCCAAACCUACCAUUGAGGAAGAAGAGGCUAAAAACUCUCAAGAUGAUAACAAAAUAGUUUCACCAGAUUCAAACGCCACAAAUAUGGAGAAUAAUGAAGAACCUAUAGAGUCACCUCGAGAAAAUGGAUCACAGGAAAAAUCACAAGGGAUUGAAGAAAAUACAGCAUCAAUAAAUGAUCACAUCUCAAUUGACACAUAUACAAAAGAAACAAAAGAUGAUACAAUAGGGAUCCAAAAAAUGUCCUCUCCUACACAAAGUCCAAAGCAAACUUAUAUCCUUGAAUCUCAAGACAACAAUUCUGUAGCACAUGAAGAACCUACCAUUAUGAGUGGAGAAAGCAGUCUUCACUCCGUAGAAAGUAUUGCGAGAGAAAAUAUUGAAAAUUCUUCCAAUGAGAAUAAUAACAUUUCCCUGCAUACAAAUAUGGCAAUACCCGAUAAUUCUGAAGAAUCUAAGGAGAUAGAAUCUCAGGAAAAAGAAGAACAAAUGAUUAAUACAAACGAGAAAAAUGAAGCAAUAGAAAGUUCGAUUAAUGAACACAACGAUAAUAUUUCUAAAGAUGAGAAAGAACAUGAUAUAGAGCACAGAAAUUUCUCGUCCGAAGUGAAAAAUGAAGAAAUUGAAGGAGCACUGCCAUCUUCAGAAAUACUGAACCAAAGUGACGAUUCCAUUGAACACCAAUCUGAUGAUAAGAUGACAAGUCAUACAGCAGGAGCCAUUGAAAAAACUGAUGAAAAAAUUGUUGACGAAGACUGUUCUGCGCUUGAGAUACCCUUGAAAAAUGAAGAGGACAUCAGAAAAACAGAAUUUAAGAAGAAGAGAUCACAAUCACAUAAAGUUCCAAAAUCAGAGAGCGUGGAAGAGAAAGGUUUUGGUAAUUUGCGAAAAGUUCACUCCGAGGAUUACGAAAAAUCAGAAACUUGUACAAAAAGGAGUAUACCAAGUCCUGAAACUGUUUCUUCAGUUGCAAAUGAUGAACAAAUUGGAUAUGAUACAGUAGAUCAUUCAGCUCCUGUAAUAUCUGAUACUAAGCUUGAUGAAACUUCAAAACAGGAAGAUGAAACCGAUAAAGAAAAUAAUAUAUCUUUAGAUAGUGAACAAACUAAAAGUAUCAAUACAAAUGAGGAAAAAAAUCAACGACACGAAAAUGAAACAGAAAAUAAUUGCGAAACAAUUGAAACCGAAAUUAAACACGCUGAAAAUAACUCCAACAUAGCAGAUAAGGAUGAUAACAUCGAAAACGUCCAAUCUGAAAACUCAUCCGAAAGUGUUAAAGAACUAUCUGAUAGAAAUUCAACAGAGAUAAAUGUUGCGAAAAAUGAGAGUCAUGAAAUUGAAGAUUUAAUUGUGAAGGAGAAAGACAUUGAAAACAUUCAAUCCGAAAAGCCCCCAGAAGCACUUAGAAACUCAGUGCUAAAGACAGAUGAGUCAUCUGAUAAAUCAAAUACUGAAAAUUCUCCAAAUACUUCUGAAUUUGAUAAUGAUGAAAGUAAAAAUAAUAUCGAAAAAGCAAGCGGAGAGGAAACAACUGAAUAUUCGGAAAAGGAUGCUUCAAGAGAUUCAAAGGAGGGAAAUAAAUUGACUGAAAACAUAAGCGAACAAAUAGAAUCUACCGAGAAUUAUGAUAAUGAAAACAAUAUGCAGUCCAAGAAUUCAUCGUCAAAAACUGAUAAUGCAGAUAAUAAAGUAGAUCAGCCAUCAGAAAAUGAUAUCAAAUCAACAGGGGAAUUGAUAAAUGCUCAAGAAAAUUCACCGGUCAAAUUAACGAUUUCUGAGCUAGGUAGUGCUGCUGAUUCUCCUGAUCUAUCACCUGAAAAUGAUUCGAAAUCAUCGCAUGAAUCAACAACGGAUCAAGAAAACAACAAAAAAUCGGAGGUAUCAAAUAUUGGAUGUCUUUCAAUAACAUCUGACCAUGUUGAUAAUGGUGCAAAUGUUCCUGUGAAAGAAGAAAGUGAUCAGAAACAAUCUGAAAAAUCAGAUUCAUCAAAUCCAGAAAAUUCGAACGAAGAAAAUUCUGACGAGUGGAAUGGAAAACAGAAGAAUUUGGAAUCUAAUGAAAAUAAUGAACGAACUGAAAAUAAACAAUCUGAACUGCAAAGAGAAAGUGAUGUUCAGUCCUCUGUAAUUGACAUCGGACCGCCUGGUGAAUCACUGACUAUGCAGGAAAAUUCAACUCAAUUGGAUGCCUCAGGUUCUAGUGCUUCUUUAUCUUCUGUUGAUGAGAAAUCAGGAAUUAUUGACAAUGCCAUAAAAGAAGAAAAGAGAGAAAGAGAAUCUGAAAGUGUAGAAGAAGGUAAAUCGGAAAAUUCGAACAGUAUGGAUAAAAAUGAGGAUGAAAUGUUAAAAACUGGAAAUACUGCUGGUUCAACGAUUGCUGAAGACAAUUCGAAAGGAAAAUCAGAUAUUUUAGAAUUUAGUUCUAAUCAUUCUGAUUCAGUUGAUGGGUCCCUUCAGGAUGAUGGAAAAAAUGAGCAGGAGAAAGAAGAAAGAGUUGCAGACAAUUCCAAAAAUAACCACGACAUCUCAGAAAGAGAAUCUGUUAUCCGUAUUCAAACAAUCUGGAGGGGUUUCCAAGCAAGAAAACAUUUGAAACAACUCUUAGAACAAAAAGCGAAAGACCUGGAUCCACAUAACAAACUUACGGAGAAACUCUCAGGUGAUUCUAUUACAGAUGAGAACGAAAAUCUUCCUGAAACUAAAAACAACAAUUUAUCUGGUGCAAAUGAAAUGAUCUCAAAUGAUGAUGCAAAUAAUAUUGUGACAAAAUAUGCAAAUAACGAAGGUAGCGAAGCUUCUGAGGUGCAAAAUGGCGGAAUACACACUAGUGAUGAGAUUGCAGCUGCUGUUGAAAUACAGUCAGCUUUUCGAAAAUCUAGAAGACAACGCAAAAAUUCUGAAAGUGAAAGUAUUUCAAAACAAGAUACAAAUAAAUAUACUUCGAACGAUAAGGAUAUAAAUAAAGAGGGAAAGAAUGAAAUUAUAGAAGACACAAAUGAAAAGUUGGAGAAUCUAAACGAUACCCAGCCAAGUCAAUCGGAUGAACUAAGACCAGCAGAUGCUUACUCUAACGAAGAAAUAGGUGCAGCUAUGAAAAUUCAAUCAUCAUUCCGCAAAUCCAGGAAACUUGUAAAGUCUGAAGAAGAUAAUAAAAAACAAUCUGAUACAAGUAUUGAGAAAACAGAAGUAGACAAGAAAAAGUUUCAAACUCCAGAAAACUCACUUGAGAUUCCACACAGUAAGGAAGCUGAAAAUUUUACUGCUGACGAAAUAAAAGCUGCGACGAAAAUUCAGUCGACGUUCAGAAAAUCUAGGAAACAGCGCUCGAAACCGAAAUUAGAAGAUAUGGAUUUGAAUUCUGAUUUGGGUAAACAAUACUUGAGAGAAGUGUUGAAGAUACAGUCUGCUUGGCGUGCUUAUAGAGUGAGGAAGAACAUAAGGGAUGUGGAGAAGAAGAUCAACAGCAUGGAAAACUUGUCCGGAAGCCAUAUCAAAAAAUCUAUACAUCUAUCGGAUCAAGAAAUUCUCAAAGCUGUUACCAAAAUUCAGGCUGGUUUAAGAGGAUACCUGACUCGUAAACACUUCAAUAACAUUCGCGAUCGAAAUGAAGCCCUUGAUGGAAUCAAAGAAGAAUCUCAAUCCGACUAUAGUCGCACCAACUCCAACAGCUCAACCGACGAACAUUUACUAGAAAUACUCAAGAAAGUAGAAGGUGCAAUAAUUCCUGACACCGUUCCCGAGGUUCCUUCAAAUAAAGACUCGACUUCAAAUAAAGAACACGAAGAAGGGAAUAAGAACCUACAAUCCCAUCAAGCAAAAAGUGAUUCGAGUGAAGAGGACACUGUAAAACAUAGAAUGAAACGUGAAAUAGCUUAUCAGAAUUCAUUAAGUACAGAUUGUCCAUCACAAGAUUGCAAAAACACAACUGAAGAUCAGAAGGAAAUAGAGAGGGAUAAUGAAAUUCCACCUGAUCAAAGUUUGAAAGACACCAACUCCGAAGAUGGUAAAAACCUGCAACUAUCCAAAGAAGAACAAGAAGUGACAGCAGAUACCAAGCUACAUGAUGACGAUGCAAAUUCGAGAACAAUAGAAGGAGAUGUAGAAUUGGAAAAAGCAAUCGAUAAUCCUGAUGGUAUUUCAGAAGGGGUGAAAGCGGUUUCAGCGGUUCAAUUAAAACAUGAUUCUGAAGAAAAAGACGCUCCAAACCCAAAUGAAACUCCCGAAACAAAUGAAAUACGGUCAACAGACAAUAAAAAUUCUUCAGAAGGAAACGAACAACAAUCGGAAAAAAACGAAAGAAAUACACCUCCAUCCAAUGAAGAGAAAAAUGAAAAAAUUGAUGACAUUUCAGAGAAACCUGAACAGAAAGAGGCUGUUCAACCUUUGAGUUCUUUGAAUAAUAUGACUGAUCAUGCAACAGAAAGUCAUGAACUCGAAAAUACAGCUCCUGAAAAUAUUCUAAAUGACAAAGAUGAUAAGCCUUCGGACGGUAAUGAAACUUCAGAAAGUGAUUCAGUGGGUUCUCAUAGAGGAACUCUGAAAAAAACUAAAGCAAUAGAUAAUUUGGUUGAGUUGGCAGAACAAUUCGAAGGCAACAAUGAAUCACCAAAAGAAAAAAUCGAUAGUAUAGAAAAAGUUGAUUUGAAAGAUGACUCAGAGAAUAAUCCCGCUGUUAUCAAUAUUGAUGAUGUGGAACCUGGAAAAAAAUUGGCUUUAUUUGAAAUCCCUGAUGAUUUUGAACCAGAUUCGUUGGAGGUUGGGAGAACCAACCAAAACCUUGAUACUGAUGAUGCUGUACAUAACACAGAUGGAAAAGAAUCUAGACAAGUCUCAGCAACAAAUUCUGUUCCAUCUUCAGAAGUUGAUGAGCUCACGCCAAGAUCUGAGGAACCACCAUCAACGAAAUCAGUAAUUGAUGUAACUCAUCCAGAGGACACAAAAAGACAAUCUAGUACUUCCAAUGAAGAAGUGAAUGAGAAAAGUGAAAAAUCUCUUGAGAAUCAGAAAACAGAUGAUCAUAUCAGCACUUCAUUCGAUGAAAGUAGCAACGCCAAGGAGAAUUUCCACGGCACCACUGAAUCUACAAAUAUAAAAAACAACAGCACAAUAAAAUCAGAUGAUUCUUCGAAUGACCAAAAUAAUAAGAAUAAGAAACCAACUCUUACUGAUUUUAUGAAGAAAACUCUGGACUUGGAGCAACCUUCUUCUCCCUAUAAAAAAAUUGAUAAUAUUGGGAGAGAUGAAAAACCUGCAGUAUCAAAUGAAACUGAUAAACUAUUAAAGGUUCCGAAACGUAGUAGAUAUGAAUCCGCAACUAAAAUACAGAGCAUAUUCCGUGGUUAUCAAGCAAGAAAAUUCGUUGAGAGUCUCAGAGCUUCACGAGAUUCGACACAAAUAAGUAAAAAUCCUGAUAUUUCAAUUCUAAAAGGAGAAAUAAAUAAUUCGAAUGAAAAAGCUGCAAUCUCUAAAAUUUCGGACCCUGAAAUACAAGAAUCACUGCAUGGACAUGACGAAAGUACGAUGAAAGAUUCGAAUAUACAAGGAACCCAAACAAAUAAUGUUGAGGCUAGUGGUAAUGUUAACGUGGAUGGAUCACAAGUUCCAGCAGGUGUUGAAAACUUGACAACGGAAACCCAGCAGCGACCAACCGACGUCGGCGAAGCGCCUUGUGACGUCGACAUCGACGCGCAGACGUCGGUUAGCGACGCCAACACGCAAGAUACGCUCAGUAAUAAGCCAGGAGUUGAGAGUGAGUGCGAGAUGGAAUCGACGAAACGCAACAAUUCGACUUUGCGCAACAAAAACAUGGAAGCUGAAGCUGCCACCAAGAUCCAAGCUGGUUUCAGGGGUUACAAAGUCAGGAAACAACUCAAAAUGAAGAACACAUCUUCUGAGGAGAACACCAAGAAGACAGUAAGACGUAAAAGUUCAAGUUGUCUAACUGAAAACCAGGCGAAAAAACAGAAGGAAAACAUCGACUUACAAGAAAAAUCUGCUGUCAAGAUUCAAGCCGGUAUUCGUGGAUUUCUAGUGAGGAAGAAGGUGAAGAAACCACAGAAAUUACAGGAGUGACAAGAAAAAAAGUUGCUGAGCUGAUAAAGAAAGAGCUUUCUUAAUUUGAACAUCUAAAAGCACGUUCCUAGUUAUACUACUAUAUUUUCUAGUAAAUCAACUGGGCUCAUUAGAAUAGCUUAACGAUCACAAAAUAAUUUCGUUCAUUGUCCUGUAAUGAAUUAAUCGAAAUAUUACGUAUAAAUAAUUCUUAGAUAAUGAUGUUGUGAAAACCUAAUCUAUUAUUAUAGAUCUAAUUAUGUAUCAUAGGAUAAAGAUGGAACUGAAAGUGAGUUUUGAAGGUUUUCUGAGGGUUCAUCUAACCCUGCAAUAUCAUCAGAAUAUACUCAAAUACGGGAAGAAUUUAAAAUUAAUUACUACUCUACUUGUCGUUGUUACAAUUUUUUGCAUUUCUUAGUCGAUAAAGAUAUCAUUAUGUUAUAUUAGUAAAAUUGGCACAUGGAAUGCUCGUUAAAUAAGUAUUUAUUUUCUUAUAUUGAAUAAACGUUGAAGCAAAAUA